CAAGUCAAGUUUUAGGAAACAAAAAAUUAAACUCUAAUAAUACAAUUCUUCCUUCUCCAAUACAACCCUACCGCAAUUCCUUCCAAUUUCUUCACUGGACCACCGCCUGUUCAACACGCUCCAUGGAUGCGCGUCGCGGCGCUGGUCCUCGAGCCGUUCCUAAGGUCCGGCAAGUCGGCUUCUUCACGCGGAAUCCAAAUCCGAACUCGCCGUCACCACCGAGUCGGACUCGGUCCGUUCCCCCCAACUCCAACUCGCCUGCCAGCGGAAACUCUCUCUCACCUGUAAUGAUACCUCCGCCACGUCAUGUCUCGGAAAAUCUCUCGUACCUCCGCACUACUGCUGCCGUACCUGUCCCGUAUUCCCGCCGGAUAGCGCAGGAGCAUGUGACGGUUGUUGGAAGUUAUAAUCCUGCCGACUCUGUGCUUGGCGAAACUCUUUCGCCGAGUUUUUUGGAUGAUAAUUCUGAUGCUUCAACUACUUUGGGAUGGUUUAGUAGAAGCGGUUCAGGGAAGUUGGCGGCAGCUUCUUCGAGUUUACCUAGUGGUGGUUUUGACUUGACUGCUGUAAAAUUUGAUAAAUUUUGUGGCCUUGAGGAUAAAAAACAAUCUCAAAUUCCUGAAAAAAUUGGAGGGGUGGCUGUGGAAGCACAAAAUGAAGUUCCAUCAAGUUCAAAACCAAAUAAAGCAAAAACAACAAAAGCUGAAAGACGUGCUUUGCAGGAAUCUCAACGAGCAGCAAAAGCAGCCGCAAAAGGUGAGGGAAAUAAAUCUGCUGCUUCAUCUCGGGGAGCAGCCCCUGCUAAACCUCAGAAGCAGCCUUCACAGAAGAAAGAUGAUCCUUUAGUUGCAUUGUCAAUCGCAGCUUCUGACAGGAAAGGGACUGACCGUCCUCCAGAGAAAGAGAGGAAGAAAGAAGUUCCUGCUCCACGCAUGCAGUUUGAUGAUAAAAAUCGGGUGGAGAAGGCCAAAAAGCGUGCAUUGGUCAAUCAAACUGAAGCUAGAAACAGAGUUGAAUUGUUUCGACAUUUGCCGCAAUAUGAACAUGGAACACUACUUCCUGAUCUUGAGUCUAAAUUCUUCCAACUUGAUCAAAUGCAUCCUGCUGUUUACAAGGUUGGGUUGCAGUAUUUGGCCGGAGAUAUAUGUGGAGGUAAUGCUCGGUGUAUUGCAAUGCUUCACGCUUUUCAGGAAGCCAUUAAAGACUACACCACACCAGCUGAGAAAACUCUUGUUAGAGAUUUGGCAGGAAAAAUCAGUAGUUAUGUCUCAUUUCUGAUUGAGUGCCGGCCACUUUCCAUGAGCAUGGGAAAUGCAAUUAGGUUUCUGAAAAAUCGAAUUGCAAAAUUACCUCUGACUUGUUCAGAAUCAGAAGCAAAAGCUUCUCUAUGUAAUGACAUUGAUCGUUUUAUUAAUGAGAAGAUAAUACUUGCUGAUAAGGUGAUUGUUAGACAUGCAGCUACAAAGGUCAGGGAUGGUGAUGUUCUGCUCACUUAUGGAUCAUCAUGUGUGGUUGAGAUGAUUUUUUUGUAUGCCCAUGAGCUUGGAAAACAGUUUCGGGUUGUGGUGGUAGACUCACGACCAAAGCUUGAAGGCCAAGCAUUGCUUCGUAGGCUGGUAGCAAAGGGCUUGAGUUGCACGUAUACUCAUAUAAAUGCUGUUUCAUACAUUAUGCAUGAAGUUACACGAGUUUUUCUGGGUGCUUCAUCUGUAUUGUCUAAUGGAACCGUAUAUUCAAGGGUUGGGACUGCAUGUGUUGCUAUGGUAGCUCACUCAUUCCAUGUUCCAGUCCUAAUCUGCUGCGAAGCAUACAAAUUUCAUGAAAGAGUACAGCUUGAUUCGAUCUGCUCAAAUGAACUAGGUGAUCCAAAUGCUAUUGCCAAGGUUCCUGGAAGAAUAGAUUUGGAUAAAGGAACCAAUAAAGAAAAUCUUCAACAUCUGAAUUUGAUGUAUGACGCCACUCCUUCAGAUUAUGUCUCUAUGAUUGUCACAGAUUAUGGCAUGAUCCCUCCCACAAGUGUGCCUGUAAUUGUUCGAGAGUAUCGAAGGGAGUAUUUAUUGAUAUAGAAAUAUUCGUGUUGAGAUUCUUGGAUAAAGGGUGAAGUUCAUGCUGCCUCCGAUUACACACGAGGGAUUGCUUUUACAUAUGCGUGAGAGAAUUUAACUCUUACAACUUUUUCAAAAAUGUAGUUUGAUUUAAAGUCGCUCUUGAUCAUUCUUUAUGCAUAAAUAAAGAAUUCAUUUCAUAUUA